AUGUCUUCGAAGAAAUCUCCUGCACAGCGGAAAUUGUCCUCGAAAGGUGACCCCAAGAAAUUAAACGGCAAUUGCAAGGGAGAAAAAGUUGAGAGAUGCAGGGGAAGGUGCAGGGUCCAGUGGAGCGAGAAGCAUGUCAAAGAAGGUCUGGUGCUGGUCCAGGAAACUCAGCUGGCUAGAGUUGUCAAGACUGGACCUAUUGCUGAACAUUAUGAAAUCGAUCCUAAGCCAUUUGCGAGCGGCCAGUGGGCAAAAGUUUAUCGUUGCCGAUCAAGAUCAACCGGUACUUUAUAUGCUGCGAAGUAUUCAUCAAGAACACGCUUCAAUACUGAUUGUAGUGCUGAGCUCCGUCAUGAAAUCGCAUUAUUGUCUCUUUGCUCACAGUCACCACGUGUUGUACGUCUCCAUGAUGUUUAUGAAACUCCCAAGGAAAUUAUUUUAGUUAUGGAAUAUGCACCAGGUGGUGACUUACAAACGCUAAUAGACGGUGACUUAGUGCCACUAGAAGGAGACGUAGUACAUUUUGUAAAACAGCUGGUAGAAGGACUCGCCUACCUCCACGAGAGAAAUAUCGCUCAUUUGGAUAUCAAGCCUCAAAAUUUGGUGAUGAUGGGAAGCUUUCCUGAGUGCGAUGUUAAACUAUGCGACUUUGAAAUCUCUCGCGUUGUUCUGGAAGGCACUGAGGUAAGGGAGAUCCUUGGUACACCUGAUUAUGUUGCUCCAGAAAUCCUGCACUACGAACCAAUAACUCUGGCAGCAGACAUGUGGUCCCUUGGAGUGACAACGUAUGUAUUAUUGACGGGGUUUUCUCCCUUCGGCGGAGAAACUGACCAGGAAACUUUCCAAAAUAUUUCAUUGGGAGAAGUUGAUUUUCCUGAAGAAUUGUUUGAAGAUGUUUCUACACAGGCGAAAGACUUUGUUGCCAAGCUUCUCGUGCUUGACCCUAGUGCACGUAUGUCAGCAAAACAAUGUCUGCGCCACGAUUGGCUGCGAGCAGCACCAACUCAAGCCUCACCACACCUCCGCAGGUACUUAUCAAAGUCCCGGGAAGUAUUACUAGAACGUGUUGUCAGCAGGGAGAACUUGCGACGCGUAGCUCUGAUGAAUCAGCAGCACCCAUCAACAUUAACAUCAAGUCAAGCUAGUCUGAGCGACCACCAAGGUCAACUGGCCGACGGACUCAGUCAGAGUGAAAUGUGUCUCCACAUGACCACCAGCGUAAAUCUCAUCAACAGCCAGUGUUACAAUCAUCCAGCAUCCGGAGAUUCGCAGACUUCUUUGGACUCUUCACUGAGCCUGGCGACUUCUCAAACAAGCUUGAACUCCCAAGCCAGCCUAGCAACUAGUCAAAAUUACCUUCUGAAUGCUGAGCAAACCCUCGGACUACUCAACCAAGUACAAAGUCGUUCUCAAGCUAACUUGAACCACGCAAAUCGCCGCGGUUUGCUCUCAAGAAUGCGAAGUCUAAACCAAAUCCAGUCCCAAGCGUGUUUGACGACUCGCUCGCCGCAUCAAAAGGAGUUCACGAUGAAUCCUCUGUUUGGAAGCCGGUCACAGGAAAAACUCUACGGACUUAAGUGUCUGUCGAAGUCUCAGGGUGUCCUCGAUAUUUAUCACAGCCUGGAGUCGAUCAGAAAAACCACCAAGAAAGAUAACAGUAAAAAUACUCCUAAAUAUUUGAAUUCCAGGUUUUCUUCCCGCGCUUUGGAACGCUGCGAGAGCGCCGGCAAUGUUCUGACAUCUUGCGACCAGAAUUUUGAGGCAAAAGAUGAAAAUCCCCGAGUUAUCUCCUCGGAAACCGAACCGACCAAUCAGGAGUCGAAGGAAAAGAAGAAACUUGAUGAGUCUGAAGAAAACUUGGACAGUUUGCAGUCUGUGGAGUCUGAUACGUUGACGGAAGACUCUGAUGAGAUUGAUCAACGAAUUAAGCAGAGUGUUAGGCAGAAUUCAGACAUUUCUUCUCAUUCUAAUAAUUCUGGUAAUUCGGAUGAUAAACAUUUUGAUGAACCUUCAGAGUCGGAAAAUGAUGAGCCAAAAUACACGGUUGCGCAAUUGGUCAGUGCGUUUAAUAAGCAUCAGGAAGUUGCUUCUAAGUCUAGUUUGGAGGCGAUAAUGACUGAAAAGAGGGUCAAUGAGGUUAAUUUUCCGACUGGGCCCAAAGCGCUCAGGUUGUUUAUUCCGGAUAUUAAUAUUCAGGAGAGAGGGAUUGUCAGGAGAAAGACUAGUUACAAGCCUAGGAAAAAUUGGGAAGAACUGAGGAAACGAAAUGAGAAGAAUGAAGGGUUGAUUAAGGAUUUGGACAAUGACUCGGGGAAUGAAGAUGAAGAUGAUUUGGUUAGUGAUAGAGGUAAGGAUGCGGAGGGGGAAAACAAGAGCGGUUGGACGGAGUUGUUUGAAGAGGAAAUUGAGGAGAGGUUUGAGAGGAAUGUUGUUAUUAAUGAGAAGUAUAAACAGUGUGUUAAUGUUGCUAAUUCUAAUAUGUUGAGUAAGGAGAGCGAGUUCAUUGGAGAUAGUAGUAAAGAAGAAAGGAAAUCUUUUGGUAGAGAAGAUAUGAUUAAAGUUAGUUACAAGGAAGAUGAUGGUAAAUCUUUUGAUAAAGGAGGAAUCAUUAAGCUGGUUAAUAAAGAAGAAAUCAUUAAGCCGAUUCAUAAAGAAGAAACUAGUAAAUCUUCUAAUAAAGAAGAAAUAAUAAAAUCUAGUAAUAAAGAAGAUAUUAUUACGCCGAUUAAAAAAGAAGAAAUUAUUAAAUCUAGUAAUAAAAAAGGAAUCAAUAAAUCUAUCAGUAAAGAAGAAAUCAUUAAAUCAAAUAAUACAGAAGAAAUCAUUAAGCCGAUCAAUAAAGAAGAAAUAAAUAAAUUUUCUAAUAAAGAAGGAAUUAUUAAGUCCAGUAGUAAAGAAGAAAUGAUUAAGUCAAAUAAUAAAGAAGAAAUAAAAAUAAACGAAAAUAAAUAUCAAAAUUCACGUUUAUCAUAUUUAAAAGAACGUAUGCCAAAUUAUAUAUAUCCCGAGGUAUUAGUUUGCCCGAAGGAUGAAGAAGAAAAAAAGAAGGUUAAGAGAGACAGUUCUGUUAAUUUAAAAGAUAUUUUAAAAAUGGAUGGUAAUAAAGACGCGCAGAAAAAUAUAGAAAAAUUGAGAAAAAGAACUUCAAUUACUAAAAUUAUAGUUACAGAUGAAUUUAAUAAAUCUUGUGACGAAGAUAAAACUAAAUUGAGAUUAGAGAAGGAUAAGAGUGAAGAAAAGGAAAAAAAGAUUGGUGAGGAAAAAAAAAUAUGGGGAAAAGUUUGCACCGGAUCUUACACGCGAGCAAUGGAAAAAUUCAACGGGAAAAAAAAUAUCGCGGAGAAUUUGAAGAGUAAGCGUAAAAAAUAA